AUGAAAACAAAUUAUGCAACUGCAAAGAUAUGCGAUUAUAAGAAUAGAAAAAAGUGCGAUUUGGAAUUGGAUUCAGAUGUGAACGAAAUCUUUGCAAAAAGUAGAAAUGCAAAAGAAUUACAGUACGUUUGGGAACAAUGGAGAAACGUGGCCGGAGCUCCAAUUCGAAAAUUAUAUUCAGAGUAUGUUGAAUUGAAAAACGAAGCAGCUCGACUUAAUAAUUACACCGACGUUGCCGAAAUGUGGCUAUCAGAAUACGACACUAAGGAUUUCGAAGAUGAGCUUUCCAGUAUAUUAAGGGAAUUGAAACCUUUAUACAACCAACUUCACGCUUAUGUUCGAUAUAAGUUAAGAAGACAUUAUUCUGUAGAAGUGGUAUCAGAACGAGGCCCAAUUCCGGCUCAUUUGCUAGGCAACAAUUGGGCGCAAAAAUGGUCUCAAAUUGAAGAUAUUGUUAAACCGUAUCCGGACGCAAAUGGGGCAGAUAUAACACCGAAAUUAUUAGCACAAAACUAUACACCACGAAAAUUGUUUGAAUUGGCAAAUGACUUCUUUAAGUCAAUAAACUUGACGGGUGUGCCGGAUUCCUUCUGGGAGAAAUCUAUGUUGAAAAAACCAAAUGAUGGGCGCAAAGUUGUUUGUCAUGCAAGUGCCAUGGAUUUAGCAAAAGACUCGGAUGUUAGGAUAAAGAUGUGCACUCAAAUCAAUGCAAAAAAUUAUCAAACCGUCCAUCACGAAAUGGGUCAUAUUCAAUAUUAUCUCCAAUACAAUCAUUUACCUUUAAUUUACAGACGAGGAGCGAAUCCAGGUUUUCAUGAAGCUAUCGGUGAUACAAUCGCAAUGUCUGCAAUGACUACUAAACAUUUUAGAAAAGUAGGACUUCUGGAAAAAAAUAAUGUGAAAAUGGCGUAUAAAGAAACGAUUAAUUUAUUGAUGGCAAAAGCUUUAGAUAAAUUGCCAUCAGUAUUUUAUACUUAUCUAAUAGACAGAUACCGUCUGAGUAUUUUUCGCAAUAAAACUACAUCAAAUCAUUACAAUUGCAAAUAUUGGAAACUUAGGGAACAAAUCCAAGGUUUGGAACCACCAGUAGACAGAACAGAAAAUGAUUUUGAUGUCGGAGCAAAGUAUCACAUUUCAGCAGAUGUGGAAUAUUACAGAUACUGUGUAAGUUACAUAAUUCAAUUCCAAUUCCAACGUGCACUUUGUGAAAUAGCUGGUGAAUACGUUCCAGGAGACGACACCAAGAGACUUAUGGAUUGCGACAUCUACCAACAUGUUAAAGCAGGAAAUGCUUUGGGAAAUAUGUUGAAACUUGGUCGAUCCAAACCUUGGGUAUAUGCAUUGAAAGAACUCACUGGAGAAACAAAAAUGCAAGCAAGUGGAAUAUUGGAAUAUUUUCAACCUCUAUAUGAUUGGUUAGUUAUAGAAAAUCAGAAGAAUGGCGAAUUUGUGGGUUGGGAACCUACUAAGAGAAUGAUGAGGCUGAUUUUGUGUUCGGCGCUAUUUGUGGCGCUGGCUUUUGCUUCGGAUCCAAAUUUGGAGCAAGAAGAAGUCGAAGCCGCAAGUUUUUUGCAAUCAAUUGAACAACCUAAUAUCGAUUGGAAUUACAGGCUUUCAGAAGUGGCUUGGGCAUAUGCUACAAAUAUCACUGACGAAAAUUCAAAUAAUGAGAGCAAAUUAAAUGCAGAACAUGCAGUUUAUCAAAAAGCACAAGCUUUGCAAGCUUCAAAGUUCAAUUGGCGUCAAUUUUCCAACGAAGAUUUAAAAAGGCAAUUCAAAUUCCAUACUGAUCUUGGAGAUGAAAUUCUUCCCGCAGAAAAAUAUGAUCGUUUACAAGAAGUUUUGAACAAAAUGAAGACAAACUAUGCUACAGGAAAAAUCUGCAGUUUUCAUGAUCACGAAAAAUGUGAUUUGGCCCUUGAACCAGAAAUAACUGAAAUAUUCUCUAAGAGUCGAGAUCCAGAGGAAUUAAAAUAUGUUUGGGAACAAUGGAGAAAAAUUGCAGGAGCUCCAGUCAGAGACUUAUAUACUGAAUAUGUGCAACUGAAGAAUGAAGCUGCCAGAUUAAAUAACUACACCGACACCGCUGCCCUGUGGUUAUCGGCUUACGACGCCGAAGACUUCGAGGACCAAAUCCAAAGUAUCCUCGACGAAGUAAAGCCUUUGUACUUGCAAUUGCACGCGUAUGUUCGAGGAAAACUAAGGAAACAAUAUUCUUCUAAAGUUGUAUCUCAACGUGGACCCAUUCCAGCACAUUUGUUAGGAAAUAACUGGGCACAGACAUGGGAACAAAUUCCUGAUAUAUUGAAACCGUAUCCUGAAGCGGCCGAUGCUGAUGUUACCGACGAGUUGGUGAAACAGAACUACACCGCAAAGAAAUUAUUCGAACUGGCCGACGACUUCUUCAAGUCGAUCAAUCUGACCGGCGUGCCCCCGUCUUUCUGGGAGCGGUCGAUGCUCGAGAAGCCCACGGACGGGCGCGAGGUCGUGUGUCACGCGAGCGCCUGGGAUUUCUCCAAAGACUCCGAUGUCAGAAUUAAACAGUGCACAAUAGUGGAAACCAGCGAUUACCAAACAGUACAUCAUGAAAUGGGUCAUAUUCAGUAUUUCCUCCAAUAUGAACAUUUGCCGCUGAUAUACAGAGAAGGAGCUAAUCCAGGAUUCCAUGAGGCAAUUGGGGAUACUAUUGCCAUGUCUGCAAUGACUGCCAAACAUUUACGAAAACUUGGACUUAUCAAAGAUGAUGAAAACAAACCAAAAGACGAAACUAAAGACAGAAUUAAUCUGUUGAUGGCUACUGCUUUAGAUAAAAUACCAAUUUUGUAUUACUCUUUCUUGUUGGACAAAUUCCGUUUGAGCACAUUCCGUGGAAAUACCAAACCAGAAAACUACAACUGUUACUACUGGAAACUCAGGGAAGAUUUACAAGGAUUGGAACCACCAGUAGACAGAUCAGAAAAAGACUUUGAUAUUGCUGCCAAAUAUCACAUAUCUGCCGAUGUUGAAUAUAACAGAUAUUGCGUUGCCCAUAUCAUUCAAUUCCAGUUCCAAAGAUCAUUAUGUGAGUUGGCUGGAGAAUAUGCCCCGAACGACGAAAAUAAAAGGCUUAUGGACUGUGACAUUUACCAGAGUACAAAUGCAGGAAACGCUUUGGGAGAUAUGUUGAAACUCGGUAGAUCAAAAACUUGGCCCGAGGCAAUGACAGCUCUUACAGGACAACCCAAAAUGCAAGCAAGUGGAAUAAUCGAAUACUUCAAACCUUUGCACGAUUGGCUUGUUACAGAAAAUCAGAAAAAUGGUGAAUUUAUUGGAUGGGAACCAACUAAGAGAAGAUCAUCUAUACCUCAAUUAGAUCUACCUCCUUACAAUAGAACUGCAAUAAGACCAGAUAUUUACACCAAUAGUUACACAGGAAAUUUCGACAAUUACCGAGAAGAUGAUAGAAAUGCGAAUCCUUUCAGGGAUCUCGGAGUUGUCAAAAUUGGCGACACUUCACAAAACAAUUACGGAAACGAUGAUCGAAAUUCUGAUAUAGACUACUCUGACCGCGAUAGAAACAUCGGUAAUAGAAAUCUAGAUUAUCCAAAUGGCAACCUAGAUCAGAUGCAUCCAAAUCAUAGAUAUCCUGCAGAUAAUAGGGAUGCUUAUAAUAGACAAGAUGAAUAUGCCAAUAACGGCAGAAAUUAUGGAUCUCGCGAUAGAAACUUCAGACCAGCUGAUAAUGGUAAUAAUUAUCCGGUGAAUAAUGGUAAUAAUUAUCCGGUGAAUAAUGGCAAUAACUAUCCAGUGAAUAAUGGUAACAACUAUCCAGUGAAUAAUGGUAAUAAUUAUCCAGUCGAUAAUGGAAACUAUCCUGGAAAUGAUCAGAAUUACAGAUACAAUGGUCAAAGGAAUAGAUACAAUAAUUUUUCGAGUCGUUCAGGAGAUGAUUUUUACAGGGGUGUAGAUAGAGAUCGCGAUUUUGAUCGAAGAGAUGAAGCUUAUAAUAGGAAUUUACAGGCCGUGAAGAGGUAUCUUCAACAAGUUGAUUUGCAGUCGUCUCAGGAAUGCACCAUAAAUGUUGCAGCGCAAUGGGAUUUUGAAACUAAUGUUAAUGAAGUUACACAAUUGGCAGCGUUGGCUGCACAGGAAAGAUAUUCGGAUUUCCAACGAGGAUUAUGGGAACAUAUCAAAGAACUAGACCGAGACAGAAUUGAUGAUCCUAUGAUAAGACGUCAACUGAGACAGAUGUCAAUUGUUGGAUCUUCAGCACUCUCACCAGAUCAACUUGACAGGUACAAUCGUUUAAUAAACGACAUGCUGGCCAUAUACAAUUCUGCAUCUGUCUGCGCCUACAACGAACCCUUCCGUUGCGGUUUGCGACUUCAACCUGAUUUGAAGCACAUCAUGGCGACCAGCAGGGAUUGGGACGAACUUCAGUACCUUUGGCAAGAAUGGAGGAGAAGGACCGGCCAAAAUGUUCGUGAUCUUUAUGAGCAAUUAGUGGAUUUGAGCAACGAUGCAGCUAAACUUAACAAUUUUACGGACACUGCCGAAUAUUGGACGUUUCCCUUUGAAUCAGCAUCUUUCCGGCUGGAAGUCCAGGAUGUUUGGCAGGAAAUCAGACCUCUAUACGAGUUGCUCCACGCCUACGUCCGGAGACGUCUCCGGGAACUUUACGGACCGGAUAAGAUUAGCCGGAAUGCACCAUUGCCAGCCCAUGCACUUGGCGAUAUGUGGGGACAAAGUUGGAGCAACAUUCUUGAUGUCACGAUACCAUACCCAGGAAGGAAGUUUUUAGAUGUCACGCCGCAAAUGAUAGAACAAGGAUACACACCUGCAACGAUAUUUCAAUUAGCGGAAGAGUUCUACGUAUCAAUGAACAUGACUCCGAUGCCAGCCAGUUUCUGGGAGGGGUCCCUUCUGCAUCAGCCUCUGGACAGACCGGUUCUCUGCCAGCCGUCGGCCUGGGACUUCUGCAAUGGCAAAGACUACCGAAUUAAAAUGUGUACCCAAGUAACGCACAAGGACUUGCUAACCGCUCAUCAUGAAAUGGCCCAUAUUCAUUAUUUCCUUCAGUAUCGACACCAGCCGAAAGUUUUUCGCGAUGGAGCAAAUCCAGGUUUCCAUGAAGCAAUUGGUGAUGCAAUUUCGUUGUCAGUGUCUACUCCUAAACAUUUACAAACUCUUGGAUUAGUUCAUCGAUCUGUAGAUGAUACUCCACAUGAAAUUAAUUAUUUAUUUGCAAUGGCUAUGGAUAAAGUAGCCUUUUUACCAUUUGCUUUAACUAUGGACGCUUGGAGAUGGGAUGUAUUCCAGAAGACUGUUACUAAAGACCAAUAUAACUGUCAUUGGUGGAGACUUAGAGAACAAUUUGGAGGUAUAAAACCCCCGCUGCUAAGAUCUGAAAUAGAUUUCGACCCUGGAGCGAAGUAUCACAUUCCAGCCAAUAUACCGUACAUAAGGUAA